AACGUCAAACGAUGUCGAGUUUUGUGUUAGAAAAUAAUUAAUUUCAAGACUUUUGUGUCAAUAAUUAUGUGAAUAAUGAGAUGAAAGUGUAAAUAAAUGUCAUAUUAGUGUUGUAUAGUGAUUAUGGCGCAUAGUGGUGGAGUUUUGAGCUCAGAUAUAUCUCGUAGAAAUCCCCAAGAUGAGUAUGAAUUGGUGCAGAGGAUCGGUUCUGGAACCUAUGGCGAUGUAUACAAGGCGAAAAGGCUUAACGGCAACGGUGAACUUGCCGCCAUCAAGGUGAUAAAACUGGAGCCCGGCGACGACUUCGCGAUCAUCCAACAAGAGAUCCUCAUGAUGAAGGACUGCCGGCAUCCGAACAUCGUCGCUUAUUACGGCUCGUAUCUGCGCAGGGAUAAACUGUGGAUCUCUAUGGAGUAUUGCGGUGGAGGGAGCUUGCAGGACAUCUAUCACGUGACUGGGCCAUUGACAGAGCUUCAAAUAGCCUACAUGUGUAGAGAGACCCUUAUGGGUUUGACUUAUUUACACGGCAUGGGGAAGAUGCAUAGGGACAUAAAAGGUGCUAAUAUCCUGUUGACGGAAUGCGGCGAUGUUAAGCUUGCAGAUUUCGGGGUUUCUGCUCAGAUUACGGCCACGAUCAACAAGCGGAAGUCCUUCAUUGGCACCCCUUAUUGGAUGGCGCCAGAGGUUGCCGCGGUUGAGAGGAAGGGGGGAUACAACCAACUCUGCGAUAUAUGGGCCUGCGGUAUAACAGCCAUAGAACUAGCGGAACUCCAGCCCCCUAUGUUCGAGCUGCAUCCGAUGCGGGUGCUCUUCCUCAUGUCGAAGUCGGGCUUCAAGCCGCCGCAGCUGAGGGACAAGGAGCGGUGGUCGCAGCUGUUCCACGGGUUCCUGAAGCUGGCGCUCACGAAGAAUCCCAAGAAGAGACCCACGGCUCAGAAACUGUUACAGCAUCCGUUCUUCCUGCAAGAGAUGAGCAAGAGGCUAGCGAUAGAGCUGCUGCAGAAGUAUUCGAAUCCACCGACGCACUGCAACCCGGAGCCGGACGAGGACGCGGGUAUAUCGAGUGUGCCUCAACGCAUAGCGUCGCGCCACACGAACCGAGGGGGGCGCCGGAUACUCGCCGAGCGGCUCCGCUCGCCAGACAACUCCGUCGACAGGCUGCGACCGAGAAGCCUGGUCCCCGAGCCGGCCCCCCCUUCAGACGAGGAGGGCGCCAUCACCUUCACCGCGCCCCCGGCCGCCAGGGCUGACACCAUCAAUAACACUGUGUACCAUAGACAAUCGAGCGAAGACUGGAGCGUGGCUUCGAUCAUAAGCUGCCCGAAACACAAUCCGAUAUCUCAGGAUCUGUCCUUGGACACGAUGCCCUCCAGCGAAAACAAGUGGUGUCGGGCGACCGGUGAUGAUAUUUUGAAAAUGAGUUUGAGGAGCCUCUUGCAAUAUAUUGACGAAGAGUUGAUGCUCAGGGCAACACUACCGUUGACAGCGGACACGACACUGCCGCAGGCUGGCAACACGGGUCUUUCGUUGCACGACCAACACCUCUCGCAGUGUAUACAGUUGAAACAAAACUACUUGAACAAUUCUAGUACGAACAUUUACCAGAAUUUAGCUUCGAAUUUUCAAAGUCCGAUCGGCACGUCGCGAGAAAUCGACGAAGACAUCUUAUACGUUGAUCAGUUAGAGGAUUCGCCACGGUUGUUGAACGCGAAUUGCGAGUGUGGUUUAUGUCCGAAGCCGGAGAGGAAAGGCGACAACACUCUGAGCGAUUUACAGAAAAGCGUAGCGCCGAAAUGCUCUUGCGACUCUUGCAACUCGAACGGCGAUAUCCUCAGCUAUUACAGGAACUGUACUAGCCAGAACUCUGACUCUGGUAUCGUUUACUGCGAGAAAUGCAACAAGCAGAAGAUAUCCGUUUCGAACUUCCGAGCUUUACAGAUAGCGAACAGCCUCAGCAUGGCUGAUGACGAAACCCGCAAUGGAAGCGUAUCGGACGACGACCUCUGUCGGCGGAUCGACAUGAGCCUCAAGAUGGACGAGAAAUUCGAGAACAGGAAACGGCACAAUCGACACGGGCCAGAUACGACGACUUCCGGCAUAGACCUGAGUCAGUUCUGUCAGUGCGAGUUUGAGGGUAGACGUAAAACGUCGUCCGUCGAUGAGAUAUUCAAAAUGGUUGAGGAGAAAGACGUCGAGGGCUCGGUUGAGGAUGAGGCGAAGGUCAGUCAGCGACAGAGGAGCUUGAGCGACAGUCAGAGGGAUAAAGCGAAAGUCGAGAACAAAGUGUCAGGUCCGGGCACGCCGCCGGUGCCGCCCCGCCGCGCGCGCUCCCGCCGCCUCACCCCUCCGCGCCCCGCACCGAACGGACUCCCCCCCACGCCCAAGGUGCACAUGGGGGCUUGCUUCUCCAAGGUGUUCAACGGAUGUCCGCUAAGGAUAAACUGCACGGCGUCGUGGAUACACCCGGAGACGAGAGACCAGCACAUACUGAUAGGUGCUGAAGAGGGCAUCUAUACAUUGAACCUGAACGAGCUCCACGAGACGGCGAUGGACCAGCUCUGCCCCAGGAGGACCAUAUGGAUGCACGUUAUCAAAGACGUCCUCAUGUCGCUGUCGGGCAAGACGGCGUCUCUGUACCGGCACGAGCUUCUGGCGCUGGCGGGAGGCGCGCGGGGCGGAAGGUCGCUCCGGGUCCUCGCCCCCAAGCUGCUGCCCAGACGGUUCGCCCUCACCACCCGCCUCCCAGACACAAGAGGUUGUACGCGCUGCGCAGUGGCCCGCAACCCCUACAACGGGUACAAGUACCUGUGCGGCGCCACUCCCGCGGGCCUCUUCCUCAUGCAGUGGUACGAUCCGCUCAGGAAGUUCAUGUUGCUCAAAAACAUAGAAUGUAGUGUACCCUCGCCCUUACCGGUCUUCGAACUGAUAAUAACCCCGGACUCCGAGUACCCGCUGCUGUGCAUCGGCGCCACCAGGAAACCCCUGAGAUUGAACCUUAUCAACAUCAACUCAGGUGCGACGUGGUUCCACUCAGACGAGCUGGAGCCCUGCGUUGGGGGCUCCAACACGGUCCUGCCGCGACCGGAGCGCCUGCACACACUGAGGGCCGUGCACCAACUCAACAAGCACUCGGUGCUAGUGUGCUACGAGAACGUGGUGGACAUCAUUCCGGUGUUGCCAGCCUCGCUGGACGCGGGCCGGUGGCGCGGGGACGACGACAAGCGGAGGGGGAAGCUGCUCUCCAGAAUAGAGUUCGACUUUAAUAUCGACAGUAUAUUGUGCCUGGCGGACUCUGUCCUGGCGUUCCACCGGCACGGCGUCCAGGGUCGCUCGCUGCGCAACGCCGAGGUCACCCAGGAGAUCACGGAUCAGUCCAGGGCCUACAGGCUGCUGCCGCACGACAAGGUGGUAGUACUGGAGUCUCACACUCUGCAGAGCAACACAAUGUCGAACGACGAAGGCAACGAUCUCUACAUACUGGCCGGACACGAGGCUUCAUACUAGACUAGAACGUAACGAGGUAUAUGAAAAAAUAACGAGCUCUUAGACUAACGCAACCCUAGCUCUUAGACUAUAGUGCGACUGGAAAUGGCUCAGUCCGUGAUACCGCCGCGUCUAGCUCUCGGAGUAUCCGGUUUAUGAAACUAAUGAGAUAACAUUAAAUGAAUCAUUACGUCAUUAGUAUUUGAUUACAAUGAAAUAGAUGGAAAUUUCUGAUUCAAGUUAUAUUCGCAUCAAGGAGGGUAGGAUGAAUUUUUGAGUACAUUGCGUUGUCAGUAUUAUCUGUACUCGGAGUUACUGUUAUAGUCUGUAGUUUGAUGCUAUUAAAAAUAAUCUUAUCGAUACUCUUACUGUUGGAUUACGGGGUGGUGGUGAUGUCGGCAAGUUGAGUACCCUCGAUGUGUUUCCGCAAUCUGACAAUAGAUGGCGUUGUGCUUCUCGAGCGUUCUAGGUGCUACUAGAUCCUUCGAUAUUCGUUCGGCUAUUCGGCGAUAGAUGGCGUUACUCUUACCGGCGUAACAAUAUGACUUGAUAUGACGAGAGAUUAAUCUGGUAUACCUUCACGGUCAGAUGACUACGAAUAGUACGCAGUAUUCGUAAUGUCCGAACCAUUGAUUCGAGGGUUGGGAGGGUAUUUAAGCGAUAUUUUGGCAAAUUUACAGGAGAGCCAUUUAAAGUUUUAAAAUUUGGGGAAACUAAUCAUAACCAAAAAGACUUCUUCAGCUAUUAGCAUGGGGUAAACGUAACUGAAGUUCAAGUUAAAAACAUCGAACUGUUGCUAAUGCUAAUACCAAAUAAAACGCGCCUUUAAUUA